AAAACAUACACACUAUUUUUGGUUUGCUGGUGAAAUUUUUCCUUUUUGGAUUACCUGAUGAUGAAUGACAGUAUUGUGAUGAGGUACGGGUCACACCCCAGCUAAUGGAUUCCACAGGUUGAAACUGACAGUUAUAUGACUUUACCAAGCCAGAGUUGGUCUUGUCCUGAAGUCACUGUUCUGGAGGACCUAGUCUUGUGUUGUACCUGUAAUAUUGCCGGGAGUGUUGUGGAUUACGGUGUCUUACCUGGAACCAGUGUAAUUAGUCUCAAAUAUAUCUGUUGCUGGCAGGGUUGUACAUGUGCUCUUGCGUACACCUGAUGUACUCACCCCCAGUAUUCAUGUGUACAUUUACAUGUGCUAGAAUUUGCCAUACAACAUACUCAGCAUGAAGGAUGAGAAUGUGGGAAAUUCAUUUUCAACUGAUGGUUGCAAUAGUGGAACGGUUUACAUACGGAUUAACAUCCCUGAACUUAAACUACAGAAAUGUCUUCAGUUCCAGCUGGAUGACUCAGUGUGGCAGGCAAAACAGAGAAUCUUAGCAACAUUUGCCAAGGAUCUAAAGGAUGGCUUGAAUUAUGGCCUGUAUUGCCCACCAUCUAAUGGCCGAGCAGGAAAAUUUUUAGAUGAAGAGCGCGUUCUGCGAGAGUACCCUUUACAAGGCCCUAUUGGAUUCUUAGAGUUUAAGUAUAAGAGAAGAGUGUACAAGUUACUGCAGAUUAAUCAGAGAAAAAUCAAGCAGUUACACACAAAGGCUAACUUAAAGCAGUUCUUGGAUUAUGUUAGAGGGGCAAAUGUGGACAAAAUUACCAAAUACACUAACAAAGGGCUGGACCCAAACUACCAUGACCCUGACUCUGGAGAAACCCCCUUGACCGUAGCAGCAACCUUGGAGAAGGACAAGGUGAAGGAUGUAGUGGUCAGUCUGGUCAGUGGAGGAGCCCACCUGGACUACAGGAACCGUCUUGGCCUCACCUCUCUGCACAAAGCAGCCAUCCGCGGGAACAUAGAGGCUUUAAAGACCCUGCUGGACCUCGGGGCUGCGCCUAAUUACAAGGAUGGACGAGGGUUAACUCCCUUGUAUUAUAGUGUAGCUAACGAUACUGAUGCCAUGUGCUCCGAACUCCUUCUACAUGACCGGGCUGCCAUAGGGACCCCAGAUGAGCAGGGCUGGUUUGAAAUACACCAUGCCUGUCGUCAUGGUCGCGUUCAGCAUCUGGAGCUUCUGGUGUUCUAUGGGGCAGAAAUGGAUGUGCAGAAUGCUAGUGGCAAUACCCCUCUGCAUGUGUGUGCAGUCAAUAACCAGGAAUCUUGUGCCAGAGUGUUGCUGUUCAGAGGAGCCUCAAAAGACAAACUGAACUAUGCUAACCAAGUACCAUAUCAAGUUGCCAUUAUAGCAGGAAAUUUCGACCUUGCAGAAAUUAUCAAAAACCACAAACAGGAAGAUAUAGUGCCAUUUCGGGAAGUUCCGUCAUACAGUGAUCGCAGGAAGAGUAGCACAGUGACGCCUAGUAUGCGAGCAGUGAUGAGAUGUCGCAGUGACCCCCGGCUGAAUAUUCUCACUUGGGAUCGUGGGCCACCAGAGCCAAGCACGCCAGAUGACAGUCAAAUCAAAUAUCUCCUGGAAGGGAUAUAACUCAGACUCCCCACGCAUGAGCAUUUCCUCCAGCAGUAGCUCCGGCCCAAUCGGUGCCUUGUGGAUGAAGGAGGACCCUAGAGGCCAUAGGCUCUACCGGGAUCAGUCUGUCUUCCUCACUGCAGCUAGAGCAGCCCGCCCAAUCACGCAGCACGAAUCUGGCCUUAUUACCACGGAG